AAACAAAUAUAAUAUAAGAAAUUGGAAGUUUUAGUUGAAAAUUUUCGGUUAAAGCUUCUCCAAGUCCUCAUCCUUAGGCAUACUAUUAUCCCGUGGAAUUGCAGAAAAUUUUGUGCUUCAGCUGCUUCUGGAUCAUAGUUCUGACUUCUGGUCAGGGAAAUCAUCGACCCGACCCUUCUUCUUUGUUCGUAUUACAGGAGGGUUUCAAAAUUACCAGAAGCCCUAACAAUCGAAGGGAGAAAUUACCGAGAGCUUGUGGUCUGAAUCGCUGAGGGAAAUCGCACAGUUUUGUUGCUGUUUAGAGUUUGGCCUGCUUUAGCAAUCUUGAUGUCCAGAAAGCGCAAUGUCCUUGUUGCUACAGGCUUGCUGGCUUUUGCAGCUGCAGGCUUAGCAUUUCCUUUUUACAUGGCGUCCAAGUCAUCAAAGACACCUGUGAUUGAUUCAUCAAAGCCACUACCACCUCAGGCGACUUUCCGAGGACCUUAUAUCAACACUGGUUCACGUGACGUUGGACCCGACCAUCAAACUUACCCAAAGAAGUAAUAUAUUUUGUGAAGAUGCUAACUUUUUAGUAGUGGCAAGUACUUUGCAUUUUUGUGUGGAAUGAAUAAGUGGUCCAACUUCUAUACUUUCUCCAUUGAUGGAACUAUGGAUUGAGACUGUAUAAGUUUAACGACAUAUUAUUCAGGAAAAAAAAAAAAGGUUUAACGACGUAUUACGGACUAGGGCACGGGUGGGAUGGAGGUGUGGCGGUGUCAACAACUGUUAUGGUGGAUGAAUCUCAAUUGGUUUUUCCAACUUUUUUCUUCAAUUAUUUGUUUCUCUUAAUGAUUUGUUUGGGUUGAGUUACAAAACCUAUAGCUUGAGGUAGAGGGUGAGCCAACGCCAUGAAGGUACUAUGGUCUUUUGCUCUUCUUGCUUGGACCAAGCUCUUAUGUUAUGUUGGCGUCUUGGUUCUCAUGGCAAGGUUUUCUCAUGGUGGGUGUCUUAGAAAUGGAGUAAUAUAUAUUUGAAAACUCCGCAAUGAAUCCCUAAAACGAGGGGAGAGUGGUUAACAACAAGACAAACUAAAUAUAUGGUAUUUUAGUUCCGAAGACCAAGACUCAGUUGUUGUUGCUUACUGUAAACCUCUUUCAAAACAAACAAUUAUGACCCCAAUAAACAAUGAUCAUCAUGAUCCACAGUUUGUUGCAACUUGUACAUCAUCCACAGUUUGUUGCAAUUUAUACGUCAUUUGUUGUUGUUAAUUACUACUUGCCUAUUAAACAAUUCUCAUGAUCCACAGUUUGUAUACAUCAUUUGUUGUUAAUUA